AUGACUCCACCUUCCCCUUCACCUGUGCCUUCCGCAGUCUCCUCCGCCGCAGCUUCACAACACUCCUAUGACCCUCGGGAUGGCGAUGCUUCGGUAGCACGAGCCGUAGCAGGCAUGAACCUGUCUGCCCAUGCAAACGACCUCCCACCUCCAGCUUUCUCCCCUACCGGGAAACCCACCAAAGCCACCAUGGCCGCACGACUUACGCGCAUGUUCUCCAGCACGGGGAAAAACACACCGACCAGAGAAAAUAAUGAAGUCCACCGAGACCUAUCCGACAGUAGCUUAGAAAGCAUCCAGCACACGAAUGGCAAGACAUCAAAGCCUUCGUCGAGACCCAACUCCAGACCCCCCUCCCGACCUCCCUCCCGAGGCGCAACCUCCCGCACUCCGUCGCGGAAUCCGUCACUGAAGAACGAGCCCGUGGACAAGCUUGAUAAAAAGAAGGCCGAUGAUAAGAAGAAGGAUGGAGCCACUCCGGCCUCCAGGCGCUUUGAGAUUCUUCCCGAAGCUCUCGGGAACCACUCGCAUCAUCUGAGAAGCGCCAGGCGACAGGAGAAGUUGACAGACCUACUGCGCGACAUGUUGGGCGGCCGAAAGAAGGAUGACCAGGUGGAUGAGCAGCAGCUGUCGCUCAUGUCUACUUGGAUCGAUCAGUUCAAGACCGAGCGAGAUAAGCUGGCUGCCGAUAAGAAGGGUGGCCCCAACGCCACAGCCUCUUUGGUCGACAAGUACGGCAAGUGCCAGGAAAUUGUGGGCCGCGGUGCUUUCGGUAUCGUUCGCAUCUCCCACAAGGUUGACCCCACAGACUCCAAGUGCGAGCAGCUGUAUGCCGUCAAGGAGUUCCGUCGUCGCCCUCAGGAGACCACCAAGAAGUACCAAAAACGACUGACUUCGGAGUUCUGCAUCUCAUCCUCCCUCCGUCAUCCGAACGUGAUUCACACUCUGGAUCUUCUCCAAGAUGCCAAGGGAGACUACUGUGAAGUCAUGGAAUAUUGUGCCGGAGGCGAUCUGUAUACCCUUGUCCUGGCCGCCGGCAAGCUCGAGGUCGCCGAAGCCGAUUGCUUCUUCAAACAGCUCAUGCGCGGUGUAGAAUACAUGCAUGAGAUGGGCGUUGCCCACCGCGAUCUCAAGCCCGAGAACCUCCUUCUCACCACUCACGGUGCCCUUAAAAUUACCGACUUCGGUAACGGCGAAUGCUUCCGCAUGGCCUGGGAAAAGGAAGCCCACAUGACAGCCGGUCUGUGCGGCUCAGCUCCCUACAUUGCGCCCGAAGAAUACGUUGAACGGGAGUUCGACCCCCGCGCCGUUGACCUGUGGGCAACAGGCGUGAUCUACAUGGCCAUGCGCACCGGCCGCCACCUCUGGCGUGUUGCCCGCAAGGACGAAGAUGAAUUCUAUCAGCGGUACCUUGACGGUCGCAAACACGAAGAUGGAUAUGCGCCCAUCGAGACGUUGCAUCGGGUAAGAACUACUAAUCCCCCUUGUGCUGGGCAGAAACUUAUUCCUUCACAGGCACGUUGCCGCAACGUGAUCUACUCCAUUCUUGACCCGAAUCCCUCGCGUCGUAUCAACGCCUCGCAGGUUCUCAAGUCCGAAUGGGUGCGCCAAAUUAAACUGUGCAAGGCCGGUGAGGAAGGCUUCUGA